GAUGCUGACUUGUUUAUGUCAAAGAGAGGACUGACAAGUGAAUGACUUUGGCUCGUUGGUGAGGCUCGGACCCGGCUGAGGCUUUUCUCUUGUGUCUGUCAUUUAGCUGAGGGAGUGUAAGUUCAGUUUUGUUGCUAAUUUGUGGUUGAUAGAUAUCUCCAGAGAGCGGAGAGAGAGCAGAGAGGUUGACUGACAUUCGCAGUGGACUGAUAGGAGCUGGGUUGAAGUGUGCAGGCUAGUCCAGUAGAUGAGUGGUAGGCGGGCAGCCCUCACCCCCAGCAGUUCUCAGCCCCGUACCCGCUCCUGUUGUCCUGGGCACAUAAACACAUAGAGGACGCAGAGCAGCAGAAAGAGGAGGAGGUGGAGGAGGAGCAGGGUCAUCCAUGGAGCUGUGAGGGACACAGAUGCCCAAGUGUGGAUCUUCAGCAGAGAAGGAGUGCCUUGGAGAAGACAUCUGCGAUGAACAAAACCAAGAGGAAACCCCACGUGGAGAGCCCUGGUGUGUUGAAGAGCAGAAAGCUGGUCCAGCGGAGGAGGAAUACAUGUCCCAGCCCUCAGGACAUCAGCCGGGCCCUGCAGAGCCCGACCUCCAGCCCCAGUGCCAGUGCUGCCAGCCUGGAUGAGCUCAUACAGCGCUGUCUCAACUGCUUCGAUUCUGAGGGGAAGCUGACGAGCCCCAGAGGGUCCCAGCUGGUCCACAUGACCCUGAUGAUGCACAGCUGGGUGGUGCCCUCUCAGACGUUUGCCCAGAAACUUCUCAGCCUUUGUAAGGAUUGUCCAUCUGACAGGAGGGGAGCGAGACGGCUGCAGAUCUGCCACCUCAUCAGGCAGUGGAUCAGCCAGUUCCCUAUGGUGUUCGAAGCAGACCCCCUCCUCGAGCAAACCAAGGGGGACCUGUGGGCUCUGGUUCGGUCAGAUGGAGAGGAAUCACAUUCUCAGCUCAUCGACACCUCUUGCAUAAACCCUCAUGAGAACAUAUCCCAGGCGCCCUCGCCCUCCGUGAAGAAGAGGAAAGUGUCUUUGCUCUUUGACCACAUGGAGCCGGACGAGAUGGCCGAGCACCUCAGCUACCUGGAGUUUAAGAACUUCUGUAACGUCUCAUUCCUGGACUACCGAAGUUACGUGGUGCGAGGCUCGGUGAGGGACAACCCUGCGCUGGAGCGUUCAGUCAUGAUGUGUAAUGGGGUGUCCCAGUGGGUCCAGCUUAUGAUACUCAGCAGACACACAGCCCAGCAGAGAGCCCAGGUCUUCACCAAGUUCAUUCACGUGGCGCAGAAACUACGCACUCUACAGAACUUCAACACUCUAAUGGCAGUGACUGGAGGCCUGUGUCACAGCUCAAUCUCCCGUCUCAAGGACACCUACAACCUGCUGCCUCCGGACAUCACUAAGGCUCUGAGUGAGAUGACAGAGCUUCUGUCCUCCCGCAGUAACUACAGCAACUACCGGCGGGUUUAUAACGAGUGCAGCGGCUUCAAGGUGCCCAUCCUGGGCGUGCACCUGAAGGACCUGAUCUCGCUGAACGAGGCUCUGCCCGACUAUCUGGAGGAGGACAAGAUCAACCUGAGCAAGCUGCAGCACCUCUACAGCAACAUCAACGACCUGCUGGCCAUCCACAGCUGCACGCCGCCCUUUGAGGCCAACAAGGACCUUCUGCAUCUUCUCACACUGUCCCUAGAUUUAUACUACACAGAGGAUGAGAUAUACGAGCUGUCCUACACCAAGGAACCCAAAAACCCAAAGAUCCAGCCCGUCGCUCCAGUUAAACCACCAGUAGUAGCAGAAUGGGGCUCAGGGGUCACCCCGAGGCUCGAUCCUGACACCAUAUCUAAACACGUCAAACAGAUGGUGGAUUCCAUAAUGAAAAACUACGACCAGAACCAGGAUGGCUAUAUUGCCCUGGAGGACUUUGAGAAAAUAGCGGCCAACUUCCCCUUCUCCUUCUGUACUCACGAAACUGACAGGCAGGGGCAAAUUAGCCGUGAAGAAAUCACCUCUUACUUCAUGAGGGGAAUGUCUGUGUGUGCUAAGCUGGGCUACAAUUUCAAUGACGUGCACAACUUCCACGAAAUCACAUACAAACGGCCAACUUUCUGUGACACUUGCGGUGGCUUUCUGUGGGGAGUCAACAAACAGGGCUACCACUGUAAAGACUGCGGGAUGAACUGUCACAGACACUGCAGGGAUCUGGUGGGAAUGGAGUGCACAAAGAAACACAAAGUCUCAGGUGGCUCGUGCCCUUGCACCCCUGCUCCUGACCUCAGAACCAAGGGCAACAGCUGGAGUUCAGAAGAUGAGGCUUUUGUUUUCCCUCAAAGCAAUGAGACAGACCACAGGGGCAUUUCUAACAGGAGAAACAACACGGUGGAUUCGACGCUGUCUGACCGCUCCACUCAGACGGAUCCUGGGGUGUGGAUGCCCGACAAAAAGGACAAGAGGGGAAACUACCACAACGCCCAUCUCCUGUACGCCUCCCCACAGGGAAAGGCGAACACCCUGCCCCACAGAACCCGAGGCUCCUCCAUGCCUGUUAGCCUGCUGGAAAAGAUGGAAGAGCUGCAUCUGUACAAAGACAAGAGCAGAGAACCAGACUGAGCACUUGGUCUCCUGCAGCUUCCCACACGGACAUGAAAAGACCAAGACACUGCUCAAACCUGUGUCAGACUGUUGGCCUUGACUUACAGCCGGCGAUACUAGAAUGAAAGCCAGUUCUGAUUUAUGAACUCCUUCACAUUUCAAGUGUGAUUCUAAGACUCCCCCCCCCCCCCCCCCCCCCCCCCCCAACCUUGUCAAUAGUUUGGCUCUGACUGUUUAGAAUAAAUAUAACCACUUGGGAUGUUUUGGUUCAUGCCAUUUCUCACUGCCAAACAGGAAAAUUCUGUCUGUUCAGGCAUCAAAAAACCUGUUUUCCUAACUUAUGACCGCCUGAUUUCACUGCAAGGUGACUUCAUUCUUUGGUGCUAAGCUUCUUUUCUAAGGCCUCAAACCAUUUGGUUAUAACAACAAUGAAAUAAGGGUUUCCCAUUACAUACACAGCUGAAGCAAGGUGGAUAUUAACACUAGCCUCCAAGCAUAUUCUGGUCAGUUCUGAAUGUGGCAACUACAUUUGCCAACUAUACUUGUGAAUUUCCAUUUUGGAGAAAGGCUUGUGUGUGUGUGUGUGUGUGUGUGUGUGUCUAUGUAUAUACACACACACACACACACACACACAGAGAGAGAGGGAGAGAGGUUUUUUUUUUUUUUUUUCCCUAAUUUGUACAAAACUGCAAUCAAGAUUCAGCGGGACUGCAAUAGAGCAUAUUUCAGAAACUGGCACAUCAUUUUUAGCUAAAUGCUAAAUUUUUUUUUUUUUUUUUUAUCCUUUUGAUGUCAAUCAUAUUACUUGAGAAAAUCCUCCGAGAAUGAGCAAUCAAACUGUGUGUGUGUGUGUGUUGUAUCUCACUAAACUCAGUGGUACCGAAAAAAAAAAAAUGAUCUUGAGAAUUUCAACAGGCGUAUACAAUUGCUUUUAUUGUAUAAAGACACAGAGCUUGGGUAACUGGUCAUAAUCAGAUUUACAUUAUCUGGUAGAAAAAAAAAGAUCUGACAGAACAAAAUAGAACUACUAGACUCGAUGAACAGCAAUCACAAAAAGUUAAAAAAAAA